GCCGACUAGGAAUGUCAGUGAAACAUGUUCUAUCAUAACAACAUUCAACUUUACCCUCUUGAAAAAGAAAAAUUACGCUGUAUAUGUGACUAAAUUUCAUUAGGAAACAGCUUAAGGAUCGAUUCAGGUGGAAUAUUAUUUCUGUGAGUACCAGUAAUUUAAUUUAGAAUCCACAAUGUCCGAGACUGAAAAAUUAGAACGGUUCACACCCCAGCAUCCAUUACCAGAGGAGAUUAAGAAAAUGUCGCGUGAUGAAACAGUCUGCCAUUUUUGUGGUGUCAGUUACCUCAUUCAUAAUGAAAUAAAAAAGCUGGAAGAACGAUUGAAAGCUACUGAGAAGGAGUUGGAACAUUAUAAAGGUUCGAUGGAAAGAGAGAAAGAAUUAAAGAUAGAAUUAGAGGAAUUAAAAUCCGCUAAAUCUGAAUUAGAACAAACCCUAAAGUAUAAAGAAUCAGAAAUUUCUUCAUUUGAUGUGAAUUUAAAAUGUGAGAAAGAUUUAACAGAACAGUUGAAUAAACAGAAUACUGAAAUAAAGACAUUACUUAAUAACAGUAAAAAUCAGUGUGCUAAAUAUGAAGAUGUAUUAAAACAGAUGCCAGCCAUUUUGAAUGAAAUAAAACAACACAAAUCAGAUAUUGAAGAGGUUCGGAAGUUUUUAUUACAGCGAGAGAAACAGACAAAAGAUGAACUGAAGAAACUACUGACUGAUAUAACCAGUCGGAUUACAGAACAACAGAAUGAUAACGAAAGUUUAAGAUCUAAGCUACAAUGCGUGGAGAUGGAGAAGAUGAUGAUGUCACAAUCCACAGCUUCUUUGACAAGUCGACUGAAAUCGCAGGAAACAGAUGUAGAGAGAUUAAAAUCGUUACAGACAGAAUAUGAGAUACUCACAACACGUCUGACAGAUUUACAACAUGCUCAUAAUAAGUUAGAAGAGGAAAUGUCAAGUUUGUCCGCACAGAAUCGUACAAUAUCACUUGAAUGUCAACAAUAUAAAGAUCAGAUCAAGAGUAAAUCAGAAGAAAGGAAUAAUUUAAUUCAACAGCAAAAACAUAAAGAACAACAAACACAAGAUACCAUUAAUAGACUACAAAGUGAGUUAAAAGAGAAGGAGACUGGUUUAUGUAAAGUUCAUGAUGAAUUAAAGAAAUUAGAAAGUAAAUAUCAUGAACAGCAGAGGAAGGAGGCGGAGAUGUCAGAAAAAUCAGCUUUUUCUAUAAAUGAAACACAACAACUACGUGAUCAAUUAACUCGAGUUAAGAAAGACUCAGAUGCAUUGAAAGCCGAGAGAGAAUUAAUGAUUUCUGCUCAUCAGAAUCGUAUUGAAGAUUUACGUGAAAGUUUUAAAAAGAAAAUGGCAGAAAUGGACAAGUGGCCAGAAAAACUGGAUGCCGCCAUCAAACAGGAGAAAAUAAAACAUGAACACGAUCUGAAAAUGUUAGAAGAUAAACUUAAAGAAAACUUUGUUAUGGAAUUACAGAUAGAGAAGGAGAAAUAUAAAGAAUUAAUGUCUAAAUAUCAGACUGUUAGUAAAGACAAAGAAAUCAGGUUAAAGGGAGAAUUAAGCGAGAUUGAGAAUAAAUAUUCUACUGAAAUAUCGCAACUGAAAAAGCAAAUUAUAGAUGUCAGACGAGCAUCUACGGACAGAGAAGACGAAUUAAAACGUGAAAUAACCAGUUUAAAAGAUAUUAUACGAGAUUUGGAAAACAGAUUAGGCAAACUUAACGCUGAUUUGGGUGAUUCUAAAAAUAUAGCUGAGUUAAAAACUCAACUACGACACACUAAAUCUGAACUAGAGGAUACAAUCACUGAUAUGAACAAGAUGGCAGAAAACUUGAAAAACUCCAAACAAGAGAUUCAGUUUUUACAAGAUACUGUUCGUAAAGAAUGUGAAGAAAGAUUUGAAUUAACCGAGGCUUUAAGUGACGCCAGGCAGGAAUUGUUACAAUUAAAAAAGCCUGCAGGUGGUUAUUCAGCUGCAGGUCGAAGGUCAUCUUUAUCAACUCCACCAAAACGAGGCAGCAUAUCGAGUGUUACUUCGCAUUCAGAUAUACAGAUCACAGAACAUAUAAAAACAUCACCCGACGAAUCAAAUAAAGACAUAUCAUCCAGUAAUCUUAACUUAGGCUAUAAAGGUGACGUUGCAAAACCUUCGGGAAAAUUGCAAGGUGGUAGCGUAGCUCAAAAUAGACGUAGAAUAGCCAAUAUUUUGGGUAAAAAGUCUUGAUGUGGAAUAUUGUUGAUCUGAGAACAUUUCAAACUAGUGCUCUAUGUCUUCAUAACUUUCAUAUUGAUCUGAAUUGUCAUAAAUCAUUAAAAAAAACAAAACAUGGCAACAAAUUGAGAGUGGUGUAUCAGGAAAGACUUCUUAAUCAUACUGAAUAGUGGUGUAUCUUAAUCAUACUUAAAAUACAGAUGUACGUCACCCUUUGAUGUUGGCGUACCAUUAUUCAAAUAAUCGUACAGGCAACUUGCCAAUCGUACAUUAUUUAUACUAGUGAAAUAUUGGACUCGUGUGACGUAUUUUUUUGUAAAAGCACGUGCCGAGUGUCUGUAUUUUAUGUCGUUUAAUGGUCUCAAGCUUAUGACAUUGCGUAAUAUAUUGUAAAAAAAACUACGGCCCUCUUGUUGUUUCAAUAUAUUACUUAAUGUCUUGCUCUCGACCAUUAAACAAUACUGAAUAGUGGUGUAUCUUAAUCAUACUGAAGUGGUGUAUCUUAAUCAUACUGAAGUGGUGUAUCUUAAUCAUACUAAGUAGAAUCACUCAGGUUUUACGUAAAGGAUAAUAAUGUCAUAGGUUUAUGCCAGGUUCCAGCUUGUCAGGGGUAAUGACUGAUCCCUUCACAGUUGAAACUCGAAAUAGUUGGUGGAGAUACUGUCUGAACAAAGUUCUCCUCCUAUACAUUGUGCCACAGACAAUUAGUUUCCUUGUUAGUCUCAUAUCGAGUUAGAUGACGGAAGUGUACCCACAUUAGACUCUCUACGUUUGUUUACUCUCAAGCAAUGUACAGAUACCUUUAUACUUAGAAGAGGGGGGUUUUGGUGGUCGCAUGGUCUUUAGAUCAUAAGGUCUGUCAUAGAGCCAAGUGGCGUGGUUUUGAUCCCAAGCUUGUACAUGGCAAGGAUUAUGGUCGCCUGUCCAUCUCAUGGGUACUCCCACUGCUAAUGACCCCUACGAGCAAGCAAAUUAUUGAAAUACAAUUAUACCAUGUUAGUCCUGAAAUAACCUAGAGUAUGUUGAGUGGACAUUAAAACCCAUUUCUCUCUCUAUACGCACAGGAGUAACCUCCCUGAGAGAUGUUUAAUAGUUUAGUAUUAUUAGAAUGUGCCUUUGUUUAAAACUUGUCAAAAUACAAGUAUUAAAGUAUAGAUUUAUACUAGUAUAAUUAAAAUAAAACAGUGUCUUUAUUCAAGCCAAACAGCAUUCUUAAUCAUUUAUAUAACAUUAUACCAUUGUUUAUUUGUACAGAUAUUAAAUAAAUAUAACAACAAUUGAUGG